GCUUUAAAAGUAACAUUCUGCUUCCAUGGCAAUGGCAAAGACAAACCCUGUUGGUGGUGGUGGUCUUACAUCAGUCAGGGGCAGAGCAGAUGGCAGUCCUUUGCUCAUCCUAGCUUGGUACCUGGCUUGGUGGCCAAAGCUGUUUUAUGCCUAGGACUCAUUAAAAACCAAAGCAAGUCAAAUCCAGGCAGUGCAGUGUGGGAGGAAAAAGAUAAGAGACCUGUGGACCGCCAUGCCACUCACAGACCUGCUCUCCAGCACAUGACACAAGUGGGCCAUAGACACAGCUUGCCACCACACCAUGCAGUGUGGGUGGAGGAUGUCACCCAGGGGCCACCAGCCACAUGGCCAACCUGCAGUGGCAGCCACCCCAGGGUUCAAGUAUGCGGUGGACAGAUGGGAGGGAAGAAGUGGAGCAGCUUGAGCAUUGUGAAGAGAGCUGGAAUUAGAGACUGAGGGUGGCCUGCUCUGAAGGACCAGUCCUGCCACCUGGGGCCAUGGUGAGGUCCCAGCCCUAGUUGCCGCUGAGGGCUCUGUCUGGGUUCAUGGUUAUGCCGCAGCAGGGAUCGGUGUCGACAUCCAUGUUCACAUUACCACUAGCGUACAUGGAGAUGACCUGGUUGUGGCUGGCAGGGGCCGUGUGCAUGCCUAGGGCCGUGCAGAACUGCCCCACCUCUUACUGACUGCAGUGCCCUGAAAAGUAAGCCCUACCUCUCACUAGUGGCAGCACUUUGGAGAGUGGGCCCUCCACCUCAUGCAGGCAGCACAGUGGAGCUGGCCCUGAUGGCAGAGGUGUGGGUAAGCCAGUCUCAAGGGUGUGAGAGUGGUAGAGCUGAUGACUCUGGCAGUUAGAAAAGCUGCCCACAGGAUUGUAAGCACAGGAGAACUAGCCUUGCCCUUUACCAGCUGCAGUAUUCAGAAGAAUGGCCCCUGCAUCUCUCCUGGACAGCACAGCAGAGCUGACCCUGUAUGAAAAUCCAUGGACAAUCCCAAAUUUGUUGUCAAUGACAAGAAUUGGCUUGGCCCCGGUGUUGGGCUAUCUGAUUCUUGAAGAAGAUUUUAAUGUUGCACUAGGUGUUUUUGCUCUAGCUGGCCUAACAGAUUUGUUGGAUGGAUUUAUUGCUCGAAACUGGGCCAAUCAAAAAUCAGCUUUGGGAAGUGCUCUUGAUCCACUUGCUGAUAAAGUUCUUAUCAGCAUCUUAUAUGUUAGCUUGACCUAUGCAGAUCUUAUUCCAGUCCCACUCACUUACAUGAUAAUUUCAAGAGAUGUAAUGUUGAUUGCUGCUGUGUUUUAUGUCAGAUACCGAACUCUUCCAACACCGAGAACACUAGCCAAGUACUUCAAUCCUUGCUAUGCUACUGCUAGGUUAAAACCAACAUUCAUAAGCAAGGUAAAUACAGCAGUCCAGUUAAUUUUGGUGGCAGCUUCUUUGGCAGCUCCAGUUUUCAAUUAUGCUGACAGCAUUUAUCUUCAGAUACUAUGGUGUUGUACGGCCUUUACUACAGCCGCAUCAGCAUACAGUUAUUAUCACUAUGGUCGGAAAACUGUUCAGGUGAUAAAGGAUAAAUGAGAGGCACCCAGAUCCAGCAGCAAGGAAGCGGCUUGCAUCAUCGGCAGCAGCGCCAGUGAAAGCUACAGGACGUUCCCAAUCUUGGUGUUCAGCUUGCGAAAGGACUUGUCAGACAAACCAUGUCUUAAAAACGGAAGUAGUGUAUGGCGAAAAUAAGCUCGAUCAUGGGCCUAUGCAGAAUUUCCAGUGUAUUUUUAAAUACAAAUAAAACUAUAAUGUGGGAUUUUUAAUCUUAA